CUGCGCUUGACAUUUACUGUAGAACUGGAAACGAAACAGAUAGUAAUCAUCGAUCCAGACUACAUACUAGUUCCGGGUGACGGAAAAUUCUGCUUUUCUUUUGGAUCUAAUUGUAAAGCUUGGGCUUGUGUUCGGGAGUGUGGGGAGAGGAAGGAAUCUUCAAAAUAAUCGGUGUUUGCGUUUUUGAGCGCAGCAGGAAGCGACCAGAAAUUGCAACGAGUGUUUCUGUGUUGGGAAUUUCCACCCUGGCUCCACUCUGCCCGGGCUUUGCUGCUCAGCAGCCACCCCACACCAGGAAAUCAACUCACAAAUUAUCAGCAUGAUCCUCGAAGCGGCCGCAACUUCGUUUUUUUUAUGACAAUUUACUGUAUAUAUUUCAAAUUGUUGCAGUGCGAAGGCCGGGUGUCGGAAACCGAGGCAGCGGCCGAUUGCGACUUCUUGGUUCUUGACUUAACGGGAUGCACAGAUAGCAAAUACCGGCUGGUGGCUUCCGUGUGUCGCAUGUGUCAAGUUUGCAGUUGUGCGGAGAGAAGUAAACACGGCCUCCCGUUGUAAAAUGAUGGCCUGCAUCACGAUCACCGAUAUGGACACCGGGACCAGCCCACUCCAAAACGGAAACCUACAUCAGAGCCCAUGCGCCCCGAAGCAGGCUGGAACAGGGCUGAAGGUUAAUUUUUACCCUAUCCCUGGCAAACCCGAGAACAACUGCCUAACAUUGCCACCGGGCGAAUAUGUUGCGGAGGAGAUCUGUGUGACUGCUGCCAAAGCCUGUGGCAUUCUCCCAGUGUACAACUCCCUGUUUGCUCUGAUGAAUGAGAGAGACCGGUCCUGGUAUCCUCCAAACCACAUCUUCCAUAUUGAUGCAUCAACAGAUGAAUGUACCAUCUAUCGAUUAAGAUUCUACUUUCCACAUUGGUAUAGUCCUGGACACAGGAGAGCACAUCGUUAUAGUGUUACCAAGGGUACAGAGAGCCCUUUCAUCGAUGAUUCUAUAAUGAUGUAUCUUUUUGCUCAGUGGCGUGACGAUUUUGUUAAUGGAUGGGUUAAAGUCUCAGCUACACACGAAAUGCAAGAGGAAUGUCUGGGUAUGGCAGUGCUCGAUAUGAUGAGGAUGGCAAAGGAGAAGGACCAAUCUCCUUUGGACAUUUAUCAUUCAAAAAGUUAUAAAUCGUUGUUGCCAGAAAACGUUUGCCGACAAAUCCAGAAUUACCAUUUUGUGACAAGGAAGCGGAUCCGAUACAGAUUUUACAGGUUUAUCCGGCAGUUCAGCCAAUGCAAUGCAAGUGCGCGAGACCUGAAGCUGAAAUACCUCAUUAAUAUGGAAAACCUGCAGCCUGCCUUGUUCUCCGAGUAUUUUGAAGUGAAAGAGCCUGAGCGUGGCCCUUCGGGAGAAGAUAUAUUUACAACCAUCAUUGUAACUGCAAAUGGCGGCAUUCAGUGGAUGAAGGGGAAAUAUAAUGAUAUUGAAUCUCACUCUGAUCAGGAUCUGCAAUCGUAUUGUGAUUUCCCAGAAAUCAUCAACGUCAGCAUCAAGGAAGCAAGCAAAGACAGCUCCUCUGAGGGCAGAAUUGUCACCAUAAACAAGCAGGACAGUAAAACUUUGGAAGUUGAAUUUCCGUCACUGAAAGAAGGUUUCUCGUUUGUGUCACUAAUCGAUGGAUACUACAGAUUAACGGCAGAUGCCCAUCACUAUCUCUGUAAAGAGGUUGCACCACCAAGCUUGUUGGAAAACAUUGAGAGCAACUGUCAUGGCCCCAUCUCGAUGGAAUUUGCUGUGAACAAAAUCAAGAAGGCUGGGAAUCAGAAAGGCUUUUAUAUUCUUCGAUGCAGUCCAAAAGAGUUCAAUAAGUACUUUCUCACUGUAGCAGUGGAGAAGGACGGCGUGACUGAAUGCAAGCAUUGUUUAAUUACCAAGAACGAGAAUAAUGAGUAUAUUCUGAAUGGGGCUAAGAAGAGCUUCAGCAGUCUCAAAGAUUUGCUGAACUGCUACAAGAAGGAGACUGUUCGAUCAGACGGAGUUAUUUUCCAGUUUACCAAAUGCUGUCCGCCAAAACCAAAAGAUAAAUCUAAUCUUCUGGUCAUGAGAAGCAACUGUGCCAGUGAUGUGCCAACAUCUCCAAUGUUACAGAGGCAUAAUGUCAGCCAAAUGGUAUUUCACAAGAUCAGAAAAGAGGAUCUGAUAUUUGGUGAAAGUCUUGGACAAGGAACGUUCACCAAAAUUUUCAAAGGAGUGAGGAAAGAAUUGGGAGACUACGGUCAGAUACACAAGACAGAAGUUCUCCUAAAAGUUUUGGGAAAAGCACACAGAAAUUACUCUGAGUCCUUUUUUGAAGCAGCGAGCAUGAUGACCCAACUGUCCUACAAGCACUUGGUGUUGAACUAUGGAGUCAGCGUGUGUGGCGAGGAAAAUAUCAUGGUUCAGGAAUAUGUGAAGUUUGGAUCGCUGGACACGUACCUGAAGAGAAACAAAAACAACGUGAACAUCCUGUGGAAGCUUGAUGUAGCCAAGCAGUUAGCUUGGGCAGUGCACUACUUGGAAGACAGAAACCUUGUCCAUGGAAACAUUUGUGCAAAGAAUGUUCUGAUGAUCAGAGAAGAGGACAGAAAAACUAGAAGCCCACCAUUCAUAAAGCUAGCUGAUCCAGGAGUGGGUAUAACAGUUCUGUCAAAAGAUGUUCUAGUUGAACGUAUCCCAUGGGUGCCACCAGAAUGCAUUGAGGAUACCAAGAAUUUGUGCUUGGCAACAGAUAAGUGGAGUUUUGGUGCCACUUUAUGGGAAAUUUGCAGUGGAGGAGACAGACCACUUGGUCAUUUCGACAGCACAAGGAAAUUGCAAUUUUAUGAAGAUAGACAUCAACUUCCUGCUCCAAAGUGGCUGGAACUGGCAAAUCUCAUCAAUCACUGUAUGAAUUAUGAACCAGACUUCAGGCCAUCAUUCCGCGCCAUCAUACGUGAUCUCAACAGCCUGUUUACUCCAGAUUAUGAGUUGUUGGUCGAAAGUGACCUACUGCCAAAUGUGAGAGGAGGUGGACUAGGAUUUCUUGCUGCCUGUGGAAAUCAUGACCCUGCACAGUUUGAAGAACGGCACCUCAUAUUCCUGCAGCAGUUGGGCAAGGGCAACUUUGGUAGCGUUGAGCUCUGCCGAUAUGACCCACUGCAGGACAACACAGGCGAUGUGGUGGCUGUGAAGAAACUGCAGCAGAGCACCGCAGAACACGUUCGCGACUUUGAAAGAGAAAUCGAGAUUCUCAAGUCUCUUCAACAUGAGAACAUUGUCAAGUACAAAGGAGUGUGCUAUAGCGCAGGACGGAGAAACCUGAGAUUGAUUAUGGAGUACUUGCCUCAUGGAAGUCUACGUGACUACUUACAGAAAAAUAAAGAUCGGAUUGAUCGCAGGAAGACACUUGUUUACGCAUCUCAGAUCUGCAAGGGAAUGGAAUAUCUUGGAACCAAACGGUAUAUACAUCGAGAUCUGGCCACACGGAACAUUCUUGUGGAGAAUGAGAACAGAGUGAAAAUUGGUGACUUUGGCCUAACCAAGGUUUUACCACAAGACAAAGAGUAUUACAAGGUGAAGGAGCCGGGGGAAAGUCCAAUCUUUUGGUAUGCUCUUGAGUCUCUGAUGGAGAAUAAGUUCUCAGUAGCUUCGGAUGUGUGGAGUUUUGGGGUGGUGUUGUAUGAGCUCUUCACGUACAGUGAGAAAACAAAAAGUCCACCGUCGGAAUUCAUGCAUAUGAUCGGCAGUGACAAGCAAGGACAGAUGAUCGUUUUCCACUUGAUUGAGCUGCUUAAAGCGGGGAGAAGGCUGCCUAAACCAGAAGAGUGCUCUGACACGAUGUAUUCUAUGAUGAUGGAUUGCUGGAAGAAUGGAUCAAAUCAGCGCCCUACUUUUCAAGAACUUGCUCAAAAAGUGGAAUCAAUGAGAAGUUUGGUGGGAGGAUGAAUGUGCAGAGAUUUCAACCGAGUACUCUUUCGUGAAAACACAACUGCUGCUUAUCCAAUGUGUAGCUGACACCAUCCACUCGUGAACUGUAUUGCAAGUUGAAGAGACCUAGUGUCAUUUUAUCAUGUUCUGCCAGCUUGGAUCCCUAUGGAUUUCUUCCGCAUCCUCUGGAAAAAUAGUAGCCUUUCCACGGUGAAGUCACAGUUAAUUGGGGCAACCAACUGAAGAAGUCCGAAAAGCAAUGAAGAGGGCUUUGUAACUGUGCUGUGAUCUGUCCAUUUCAAGUGCUUAUAGUAGCAGGGUUGCCUUCACAGAGAUUUCAAACUUCCUAAUGGUGAUAAUAGGAGCUUUACUUAACAACAACCACCAAAUUGCCUUGUGUUGCAUGUGAAACUGUAUUGUCUGUGCAAUUUGCGCAAGAACUAGCAAAAGAAAUUCUGAUUUUGUAUUUGCCAUUAAUAAUCUAAAACUGCUCCCAAUUUAGAUUCCUUCAGAGAGUAGGGAAUAAUUCCAUCAUACUACAUUGCAAUCUCAUUUAUACUUGCCAUAGGUUAGGACAUACAGAAACAUUGACAGGAAUGGAAAUCAGUGCCAUGGUGUAAAUAUAAAUAAAUUCAAUUCACUCUUAGUGUUAAAAGAAAAACAACCAGAUCUGGAGCUGAAAACAGUGAAACUGUGAAUGCGAAAACAGUGGUGCAUUAAGCCGCAUCUUAGACAGAAUGUAAAACUGAAGAAUAAUGUGCAUGUCAGAUAUGGGAUAUGAUGGUGAUUAAAGGUUGAAAUUAA